CGGCACUUUACUUUCAGUGGCUAAGAAGAAGCAACUAGUUUGGAUGCGACCCGGAGGAGCUCACACAGCGUGAAUCAUAGUUGUCAUCAGGUUGCUACAACUUUGAGCGAAGGUCAUAACACGGGAGGAAAACUGCGCCAUAAUAUAGAGCCAUUUUUGUUUUACUAAUGCUGGGACGUUGUUAAGCGCUUAGUAUAUCCUCAGCGUGCCUCCGGUCUUCUGCCCGGCUGACCAAUGCUUCUGCAUCAGUUCAUGAACGGAGCCCUGGAAGUCAUGCAUCCCACAACGCUUCAGAAAGACACUACUUUUACCAAAAUCUUUGUCGGCGGACUGCCAUACCACACGAACGAUGCCUCACUGAGAAAAUACUUCGAGGCCUUUGGGGACAUUGACGAGGCUGUUGUGAUAACAGACAGACAGACCGGUAAAUCCAGAGGAUACGGCUUUGUGACGAUGGCAGAACGAGGAGCAGCAGAGAGAGCCUGCAAGGAUCCCAACCCGAUAAUCGAUGGCAGGAAGGCCAAUGUGAACCUGGCUUACCUUGGUGCCAAACCCCGCAGCAUACAGACAGGCAUAUCCAUCGGAGUGCAGCCCAUUCACCCAGCACUCAUGCAGAGGCAGUAUGGGUUGGCCCAGCCAUACAUCUACCCACAAGCCUACGUGCAGCCCAACCUGGUGCUGCCCUCUCAGGUUUCCUCCUCCGUCAGCAGCAGCCCCUACAUGGACUACAGCGCAGCCUACACCCAGUACGCCCAGGCAGCCUUUGAGCAGCAGUACCCGUACGCCGCCUCCCCAGCCAGCUUCCUGGGCUACAGCUACGCCACAAGCCCCACAGCCAGCGCCGGGUCGGCCGCUGCCACAGCAGCACCGGUCACCGUCCACCCCACCCUCUCCUCCGCUGCCGGUCCAGGCCAGGCGUUCCUGCACUAUGCCCCGCAGCAGCACAUCCAGCCGGACCGCAUGCAGUGAGCCUGUGAAGGAAACUGGAGGAGGAGGGAGUAGUGGACGAGGACCUUUGGACAGAUGGCAAAACCCUGCAGGUGACCCAGCUAUCAUCAGCAGGGGCUUUCAGGAAGAAGAAAAAAAGGGGUGGGACGAUUGCACUAUACGAUCAGGAAUGAGCCGCUUGCUCAUUUUGUUAAAGGGUUGGGAGGGGUUGAGGACUGUCAAGGUUCAGGUUGAGAAGCUAGACAGCAUAAAGUAUGUGGUCGCUACAAAGGGCUUCCAGAAGCUGACACUUCAUUUUUUAUUAUAUUAUUAUUAUUAUUAUUAUUAUUUUUAUUGUCCUUUAUUAUUGUAUUAAUGUCGAUGUUUGUUUGUAUGCCAUUAUUAUCAAUGUUAUCAUGUUUUCUGGCUCAAUCAGUGGAAGUUCUGUGUCCAUGGUACAUAUUGAUGAUGGGAGAGCUGUCACACCUCUUCCCUCCCGACCCCGGAGUAUCUGGGGCGGAUAUGAAGGGCACUGCUGCUUUAGGACACUCGGGCACAGUCAGAUGUGGGGUGCAGGGUGAAGGCAUACAGCCAGCCUCUCUGUGGUCCCAUCCUGGUGCCGUCCACAGUGAGGGUAGAGCACUGACUGCCCCAUGAACAAAACCUCCAGCGUUCAGCUCCACAACACAGGAGGACGACGAGAGAUUUCACCUCAAGGACAAAACGGAAAGAACGUUUCAGUAUAUAAGACAGUGGGAGCUCCAUUGUUUUUGAGACUGAUGUCAGGACUACACAUUUUUUUAAAAUUCUUAUUAAUUAAAGAGGCCUUAAUAAAAGAGAAACUUCUUUUUGAAUCUCCUGAUUUUUCAAGCGCUCCCUCCCCCACCACAGAACCAAGUGCAGAGAGAGUUUGUAACGGGCCUUUCAGCAGGCGGCCACAUUAAUCUGGCUUGCUUGGGUCUUGAUCAUUUCAAAUGGAUGUAGAUAAUCACAUGAAGUACGUGGGCGAUGGGGAGCAGGAGCGCUGUGUAUCGUUGUUGAAAGGUAGCUGACACUGAGCUCAAACACCAGUGCGUUUCUUUUUCUUCUUUCUCACUGAGAUUGUUGCUCUCAAAAGGACAUUCAUGUACAGCAAUUUCAAAUGUUUUCAGUCAUAAAGUACAUUUACAAUAUUUAUAUGUAGGUAUUUAUAUGAGGUACUAAGUUCAAAUAGCUUCUUUGUUUUGUUACUAUGACUCUAGUUGUGGCACUGAUAUCAUUUAAUCUGCAGAGGCAUACCUGCAGAUCCACAGGUGUCUUAUUCAUUUAGAUUUUUGUCCUGUCACCAUGUCUGUGGAUUUGUGUGCACAGCGACUACAGUAGAAGCUCUUUUGUAGAUCCUUGACCGGUUGCAUCAGAAAUUCUCUAGAUUUUUUUCAAUAAAGAUGUCUUUUACAGUCCCUUCAAAGAAGCCAUACCAAAAAAAAAAAACGAAAUAAAGACUUUGUACUUUCAA